AUGCCAAGGUCUGAAUCAGACAGUGAUGAUGUUUUCUUCGACGCAUUUGAAGAUGUUCGAUCUCCAGGGGAACCUUCAUGUUCCGAGGAUUGCAGCACAAGUGAUGAAGUUUCAGUGCCAAUGAAAUUUGAGUAUGAGAUUUGGGCAAACGAGCCAAUGAGUGUUCAAGAAAGGCGGCAAAGGUUCCUUAAGGGAAUGGGAUUCGAUGAUUUUGUUUCUGCCAGAACAGAUUCUUUCCAAUGCCAUGGUGAAAUCACAGCCGCUGAGUCUUCCACUGAGAUGGAGGAGAGAACUGCCAGUGGCCAUUCUUCCGUGGAUUCAUCUGUUUGUGACAAUGAAUCGGAGUUUGACGGUGCCUGUUGCAUAAGGGAUAUGGAUAGUGGAAAGAGAUAUAUUGUCCACAAUGGUGCACAUAGCAGUAUAACUGACAUGCUCAAAGAGGUUGGAUCAGAUAAGGUGAUGUCUCUUCUGGAAUUUGAGAGUUUGCUUGGCCUCUCUCGGUCUGUUCAGAAAUUAUUGCGGAGGGGAUGUGGUAACAGUCCUGCAAAAGAAACAAAAAGUGCUAAGAAAAAGGAUGUGAAAAGCUUGUGGAAGAAAUUCGUGACAAACAGAAGCUUUGGUGGCAUUUGCAAGUAUGAUGUCCAUGUGAAAAAUUGCACAAAUAGUGUACCAACCAGAACAAGAGUUCAACAUCGGAAGAAAAAAUUUCUUGAAUUCUCUGCUGUCUACAUGGAUCAAGAGAUCAGAGCUCACAAGGGUUCAAUUAGGGUCAUGAAAUUCAGCACAUCUGGAUGGUAUUUAGCAAGUGGUGGUGAGGAUUGUGUUGUACGAAUAUGGCAAAUCAUAGAAGUAGAAGCAUCUCCUAAGUUGUAUAGGGGAGAGGAUUCCUAUGAAAAGGUGGAGAAAGUUCAGGUCUUUAAUACAAAUAUAGAAAAGGGGCAGAACCAGGCACUUGCAGUUAUACCCAAGAAGGUUUUUCGUAUAUCGGAGACCCCAUUACAUGAAUUCCGUGGCCAUACAAGUGAUAUCCUUGAUAUGGCAUGGUCCAAAUCAGAUUAUCUCUUAACUUCAUCUAAAGAUAAGACAGUGCGCUUAUGGAAACCUGGCUGUGAUGGUUGUCUUGCAGUUUUCAAACACAAAGACUAUGUAACAUGUGUUCAAUUCAACCCUAUUGAUGAGAAAUACUUCAUCAGCGGUUCAUUAGAUGGUAAAGUGCGCAUUUGGGAUGUGUUGGACAAGCGAGUAACUGACUGGGCUGAUACACGAAAUAUCAUAACUGCUUUGAGUUACCAACCAGAUGGAAAGGGUUUUAUUGUUGGCACGAUUGCAGGCGCAUGUCGUUUCUAUGAUCAAUCAGGUGAAAACACCCAGCUAGAGAAAGAAUUGUUUGUGCAAGGGAAGAAAAAGUCAGCUGCCAGUCGGAUCAACAGUCUAGAGUUAUGUACAAGUGAUUCCAAUGGGAUUAUAAUUACAUCAGGAGAUUCCAAAAUCCGAGUCGCCAAUGGUGAUACCAUCCAAAAGUUUGAAGGGCCUUGGAAGUCGAAGGCUCUAUCAUCACCGUCUUUAACAUCAGACGGCAGAUAUCUUAUAUCUUCCGGCAAAGAUUCCAAUGUCUAUAUUUGGAACUUUGCGAAUUCUGGAGAUGCUAAAUCAGUUCAUUCAUGUGAGCUGUUCUUCUCCAAAAAUGUGACUACCGCAAUACCAUGGCCAGGAGUGCACCAAGAUGGGCACACGAAACCUUCCUGCCUGACUGAGAAAUCCUCCAGCGCGCCCAUUUUGCGCCACCACGAGGAGUGCCAGUCCCCUGGGCCGUGGUCGUUCGUGGACUGCAGCAAGGGAUCGGUGACAUGGCCUGAGGAGAAGUUGCCUUCUACUGCAAAGCCUGAAAGCAGCCCGCAGCUGGGCGACUGCCUCUCCAUGAUAUCCGCCGCGUGGAGCACGGUCAUCGUGACCGCCAGCCGUGAUGGCGUGAUCCGAUCUUUUCCCAACUACGGCUUGCCCGUUAGACUGUGA